AUGUCUACAAGAAAGCUCUCCGCCGCAACAUCCUUGCGCACAUUCCUUGAAGAAUGUAAGGCCGAGGGAGACCUUGUGGAAAUUGAUCUGGAGGUGGAUCCUCAUCUCGAGUCCGGUGCCAUCUCUCGCCGUGCAUACGAAACAGGUAGCCCAAUACCCCUUAUCAACAACCCCAAGGGUAAAGAUGGUCCAGAUGGUCUCUUCCGUAUUCUCGGUGCUCCAGUGGGUGUCCGAAGCGAUCCCGAAACUCGCAAUGCCCGUUUGGCGAAGUCUAUCGGGCUGCCCUCCAACGCAACUGGACAUGAUAUCAUCCAGAAGCUCCUAGCCGCCAAAAGAGCCGACCCGAUUCCAUCUGUUCAAGUGAAAGACGCACCACUCAAGGAGCACAAGAUAUUUGGCGAUAAAAUCGACCUUCUCAAGAUGCCGGUUCCACAAAAUCACGUACACGACGGAGGAAGAUAUUUCCUCACAUACGGACUACACAGUGUUCAAACUCCGGAUGGGAAAUGGGUGAAUUGGGCUAUCACUCGCUGCAUGGUGAUCGGCAAACGGCAAUUGACCGGCCUUGUUGAUGUGAAUCAGGACAUUGGCGCCAUCUGGGCGAUGUGGAAGGCCCUGGGAAAGGACACACCUUGGGCCUGCGCUCUUGGUGUUCCGCCAGCAGCUGCCGUGGCUAGUGGUAUGCCACUUCCCAAGUUCGUGAACGAGCCGGAUUAUGUUGGUACUCUCACAGGAGUUCCCGUGGAGGUUAUUAAGUGUGAAACAAAUGAUCUUGUAGUGCCGGCACAGUCUGAGUUGGUUCUUGAAGGAGUUAUCUCGGCAACCGAGACCGCGAUGGAAGGCCCCAUGGGAGAGUAUCACGGUCUUCUUUUCCCACCCAAGAAAUCGCCACAGCCGGUAAUGACGGUAAAUGCAAUUACCUACCGAACCAACCCUAUAGUGCCGAUCAGUGUCGCAGGCCGUGCUCCAGACGAAACUCAUACCGUUUGGGCCCUGUCCAUCUGCGCUGAAAUUCUCGACUUGUUGCAGCAGGCAAACCUACCAAUCACCAAGGCCUGGUGCCCAUACGAGUCCCAAGCCAUCUGGUACGUCAUCCAGGUCGAUCGGAAGAGGCUUGUAGAAAUGAAGACCGCGCCUGAGAAAUUCUGCCGCCAGGUUGGGGAGAUCGUUUUCUCCUCCAAGCCUGGUAGAUUCGUGCCAAAGAUCUUUGUUGUUGGCGACAAUGUCGAUCCUAGUAACUUGCGUGACGUCGUGUGGGCUGAAGCGACCAAGUCUCAGCCACAGGCCAGUGACUUCUACUUCGUGGGCAACUAUCCGACAUAUGAUCUAGUGCCAUAUGCCACUCACGGCUUCAACCCCCGUGGGCAAAAAGCGAAGGUCGUCAGGCUGUGCAUGUUGCCCGAGGAGUUCGAGACCUUGGACCGGCCAUGGGUUGAAGCUUCCUUCCGUGGAUCUUAUCCCCAAGAGGUCAAGAACAAGGUCCUAGAAAACUGGCAGGCGUACGGGUUUGAGGGAUCUCCUGUGAACUUUUAA